GCUGCCGUGCACGUAUUUUGUCCCUUCAAAGGACCCUUCUGACUCCAUGGCAACGCAACUACCGCCAUAGAUAAAUAGUAUCGUUUGUUUUGCAGGGGGCAGAAUCACUUCUUUUUAUACAAUUAACGAUACAAUGGAAAAAUGUGACUUUACUUCAAAUUAACCAACACUUUAUGCUGUAUUGAUUAAACAAGACGCAUUCAUGGAAAAUACAGGACUCUUCAGAACGAUAAGAUGUUAGCACUUUUAGCUACCCUGUAACAAAAAACAGUUAUUCAUUGUUAACGUGUUAACGUUAGCUAGCUAGCUGUUAGUUGACGUUAAAUAUUAGCUUCUGUAUUUUUAUCUGAAUUAGCACUGCGAGGGACAAUUCCUCACUUCAAAUACGUUUGAGAUGUGAGCUUUGUGACAGUUAAAGGUGUCAACUCAGAAAGAGACAAUGCAGGUGUUGCCUAUUUGGGAGCUUUCCAUCCCUCUCCCAGCAGUGCUGAUGAUUACUCUGAGUCUCUACAUGAUCAUCCUGGGGAUCGGGCUGUGGAUCCGAUCCUGCCUCAAGGACCGUUGUUCUUCAGAGUGUUGUGACUGCUGUCCAAACAUUUCCGUAUGUGACCAGUGCUUCAGAUUUGCGGAAAUGUGUGACUGUCACCUGCCAACCGUGCGCUCAUGUCGGACCGUUUCGUGCCCUUCUCCAUCUUGUGCCAAAUGGGACUGUGCCUGCACCUGUCAGCUUCCGGAGUGUGACUCCUGCAACUGCCUCUGCUUCGAGAUCCGGAUGAAGUAGAAGACCGAGGUGCACCAGUGUCCACUGAGCGACCACAUGUGCUUUAGUUUUUGAGUUCUUUAAAAAAUGUUUUUAAGUGUAUGCCUUUUAUUAGAGAGUUUACAGUUUACAGUCUCCAUUUUCUGUAAGAUAAAUGGAGUUAGUGGAUGAAAAAUCUGAUAAAUUAAGUACCCGAUGA